UUAGUGGUGUCCAGCAGUGUCGCAGUUGUAUAAAAAAUAAAAAUACGUAUUUAUUAAAGAUAUUUUUUUACCAUUGAAACUCAUACACAAACAUAAGUAUUCACUAGUUUCUAUUUUUAUAACUUGAGCAAAGCAUACUUUAUGUAUUUCAAGUAUUCACAACUUUAAAAUACUAUUUCUUCAAAAUGAGUGAUAGGGAUACGAAUGCGAGGUCAAGGAGCGCAUCUCCAUCAAAUGUAGACAGUGAUAUAAAGAAGGAAGGUUCCGUAAAACGAGAAGAGUCUUUGUCUCCAAGCAACCAUCCAAGAGGACAUAGUAGAAGUCGAUCACCCACAGAUCAUAGAGUUAAAAAAAGUUAUUCAAGGAGCCCAAGUAGACAUUCAAGAAAAGUUUCGUAUCGUGAUAGAGAGAGGUCUGAGAGAGAACAUAGCGAAAGACGAGGAGAGAGGCCAAGGUAUAGAUCCCGUAGUAGAUCUCGUUCUUCUAGGCGUAGAGCUCGAUACUCAUAUAGCCGUUCAAGAUCCCACUCACGAGGACGUUAUGGUAGAUCUAGAUCUCAUAGCCCGAUGUCUUCACGGAGGAGACAUAUUGGAACUCGAGAGAAUCCUAAAGAAUCAAGAUGUGUGGGAGUUUUUGGAUUAAGUACAUCUACUUCAGAAAAUCAGUUGUAUAAUCUAUUUGCUAAAUAUGGACCAAUUGACACGGUGCAGGUUGUUAUUGACAAAAAGACUGGACGAUCUAGAGGUUUCGGAUUUGUAUAUUAUAAAAAUAGUGAUGAUGCGAAAGUAGCUAAAGAAACAUGCUCUGGUAUGGAAAUUGAUGGAAAAUUUAUUAGAGUUGAUUUUUCAAUUACACAAAGAGCUCAUACACCAACACCUGGAAUUUAUAUGGGAAAACCAACAUACGUUUAUGUCCAUGAUCGGCACAACGAUAGACGUGGAAGAGACAAGGGCGAUGAUUACUACAGCGAUCGUUACAGAGAAAGAGGGUCGUAUAGAGAUAGACGUUCACCGUCACCUAAACACAAAAGUCGGCGCUAUGAAAGAUCACGUUCUCGAUCUUAUUCUCCACACAAGUACCGUUUUAAAAGAAGAGAUAAUGGAUGAAAAUUCAAAAAUAGAACAAAUGAAAUUUUAUUCCACAAUUUUUUUGCGUCUCAAGAAAGAGAAUAUUCAAGCUUUUAGCAAAUUUGUAAAAGAAUAUGAUCUGAAUUUUCCUGUCAGCAAUGAAUGAAAUUCAAGAUCGAACAGUUUAUAAAUGUAUCUCGUAUCUUGAAGACACUUGCAGCUCAAGCUCAAGUACUGUUUUGGUAGGUUGAGGAAGCAAUUUUAUUUUGAGGUGGUUUUUUAUUUAUUUAUUAAUUUUCCGUCUUUAAAUGUAUUAUUGAUUGUAUUUGAUCAUAUUCUUUGAGAUGACCUUAUAACUUAGGUAAUAUAUGUCCAAAACUUCGGCCGCAGCUGAAUUAAUUUUUGUCUAGGAUAUUCAACAAUAAAUUGAUGUUCAGAAAA